AUGACAUAUAUUGAGCCAAAUCUUAAUUCUUCAUUAAGUAAAAAAAUUGAACAUCAAGUUGAACUGAUUCAUUAUGAUUAUCAUAUUCGAGCAUUGGAAUUAGAAUACUUUCAACAUAAACCAAAUGAAUAUCAAAAACAACUAAUGAUACAAAUUUGUCAAAGUCAAUAUGAACAAGAAACAUCAGAACAAGAAUAUGAAUUGUUAAAACAAAAAAUUGCCUAUUACAAUUUACCAAGUCAAUCAUUUGAAUGCUCAACAAUAUCUCAUCAUCCUUUAAUUGAUUCUAUUCAAAGUUUAACUGUCCAAGAAGCAUUAAAGAAACAAUUCAAAGAAGUUGCUAUACAAUCGAGAAUUACUUUAUUUAAUAUGUAUCUGAAAUCAGCUGAAGAUCAACGAGAAGAAUAUAAAAAGAAACAUGAACUUAACUUAAAGAAAAUGGAUGCAUCUCAACAUACAUUGAAUAAUAAUGAAAAGUUAUCUUCAACAUUCGUACAACUUAUUAAUGAACGUUGUAAUAAAAUUAGUGAACGUAUUAAAUCUACUUAUAAAUUCAAGUCUGAAUCAAUUCUUUUGAAAUCCUAA